AUGGCAAUUUGUCCAGUGUGUAAAGUUGAUAGCGUGAAGAAACGACUAACGUGGAGUGGUCUGUUACAUGGUGUACUAUGCUUUCCCUGUGGUAUCUAUUGCUGCAUAAAAAGUCGUGUAUGGUUCUGUCCACUGUGUACGAACGAGGUCAACUAUUCGGAUGGAAGACAACCAUCGUUUAGUCGGGACUAUCGCUGCUAUAGGACAUUUGAGAAAGUGGGCAAUAUUGGUGCUAAUGAUGGCCAGGAACAUAGUACUCCGAAAAGCCAAACUACUACGAGCUGUGGAAGGACAAUUUCUGACGGGAGCGAAUCUCUUAAUUCUACAACACCCGUGCUGAAGCAGUAA